AUGGAGAAACGUGAACCCUCUUUCGUACCUGAAUGGUUGAGAAGUUCAGGGAAUGGUUCUGGUGUUGGUAAUAAAAAUCAAAAUUCAGAUUCUUCUUUGACGCAUGAUAGCAAGAGUAGAAACCCUAGAACCAAAACCGAUGUUGAUUCAGUUCGGUCUCCUAUUCUCGAUCGUUCUUAUUCCACCGAUGCACCUAGAAGGUUUGGUAAUAGGUCUACCAAAAAUGCAUAUAGGAAUUUCAAUAGUCAAAAGAGAGGUAAAGAUCGUAGAAUGGAAAAAGAUAGGCCGAGCAGCAUAGACCUAUGGGACCGUGAUUCUCGUUUCCCUUCCGGUACCAUCUUAAAUGGAAGGAAUCAACAGCCGUUCAGACGAUCAAAUUCAAUGACGACAAGGAAACAUGACGACCACUUGGGUCAAGGGUUUUCCAAGGAUUUUCCUCAGCUUAAAACCGAAGAGAAGAAGGAAGGAGGCAUGACUGAUCUAAGUCUUGCUGUUAAGAGCUUGUCUGUUGGUGACUCCCGCAUGAAUGCUGGGGAAGGUUGGACAUCUGCUCCAGCCGAGAUUCCCAAUGUUACUGAGAAGAGUGGUUCUUACUCCGUUGUUACUUCGAAUACUAUAAUGGGACAGACUCAUAACAUGGCUGAAGCAUUGUCCCAGCCUCCUAGAACUGGUACACUUCCUCAGGGAUAUUCAAUGAUAAAAAGACUUGAGGACCGAGCUCUUAAGCUAAUACCGAUUGUGCCUUCUGCACCAAAGGGCUCAGUUUCAAAGACCAAACCAAUAGUUCGAAGUGGUGCAAUUGGUCUUGCUUCUUUUAGAAAUACCCCCAAGCAUACCUCGAUGCUGCUAGGUAAUCUUCAUUCUAAUUAUGGUAGUCAGAUCAAGCGUGAUAGUACUAACAAGCUGGUAGUUCUCAAACCUACGGUCAAAGAAUCUGGAGGUCCAAGUCUUAUAACCAACAGCCUGGCUGCUGGUUUCCAGAUGAUCGCUGCUCCAUCUGCGCCCUUCAUUACUUCUGUGGCUCAAACUCAGAGCAGGAAUGCGUUUUAUAGUGCUUUGAAGAAGAAGACAUCUACAAACAUCUCAAUCUCAACUAGCUCUUGCAUCCUCUCUUCUGUCGAGGAAAAAGCAGAUAUCUCUAAGGAGCUUGUAGCUGGUAACCCUUCAAGUGGGCAGGCUGCAGAAAGAAAUGAUGGUUUUGAACCGGCAGACCUUCCAGAUGAAGAAGAGGCUGAGUUCCUUAAAUCCCUUGGGUGGGACGAAAAAAAUACUGAGGUAGAAGCCCUUACAGACGAGGAAAUCCGAGCCUUCUAUGAACAGCACAAGGAGGUGAAGCCAUUACUGAUGAAAAAGCUGCCUAUCAUUACUGAGGCAACUGAGGCGUAACUCCUAAUCCGUGAUCUGAUUUUGAAGACAGUUUCUUAUUUCUCUUUCCUUAUUUUUGGUGGUGGAGGAGGCUUUAGUUGCACUAUGAGUGUUGUUCUACUUCUUCAGAAAAGCAACAAAAUUGAGUAUUUGUAUAUCUUUUGGUCUGAAGAUAGAGAGUGGUUUUGUUUGAAAGCUUCCCUAGGUUUCUAAUGUUUG